AUGGUCUCCAAGAAGGAAAUCCAGGCUGCGUGGUACAUCUCUCCCCACAAGCACCAAAUCACCGUCUCAAACAGCCAGGACAUCAAAGCCCUCGUCGAGAGCUUCCUCAACGUGGUGCCGCCGUCGUUCGACCCGGACAACUCCAUCAAACACCUCCGAACGGACACGGGCUUCAUCCUCCACUCGAUGACCAACUUCAGCGGCGCAUCCCUAAGCCCCUUGUACGCAGAUGACCUGCGCAGCAAGGCGCCCCAAGAGGCUGAUGAAGCAGCCCCCCGAGUCCAGCACAGCCUCGAGUGCUUCAUGAGAUUCUACAUGACCGGCUUCCACGCGCCGCUGGACGAAAACGCCGCGACCGAGGCUCUCCGCCACCCGGACGGGAGCAUGGCAUCCUACAUGGCGGGCCUGCUCGCGGACUGCUCACAGGAUCUCGCCUCCCCAUGCGACGGCAUGUGCAGGUCGGCGUACGCCUCCCUCGACGAGACCCAGGUGGAGGGCCUGCUGUACGUGAGCAACCUCGUGACGGGCUACAUCCUGGGGUGCAUGGUGGGCAGCGAGAUUGCCGAGGGCCUCUUCUGCGACCAGUUCCGUCAGGCGUGGCCGCGGAUCCAGGGAUUGCUGAGCACGGGGAGGGACGAGGCCGGCCUGAGGGUGCCGCUCAUGGUGAAGGGCGGCCAUGGUCCCUUGUUGCCGCAUUUGUGA